UGUUCCUCUGUCCAGCCCUGUAGUCUUCCCGCGCUGGCUUCUGUGACAGCCGGGAGCCUACUGCGCAGUCUCUGGUCAUCCCCUGUACUGUCUGCAGUCUCUGGUCAUCCCCUGUACUGUGUCCGCAGUCUCUGGUCAUCCCCUGUACUAUGUCUGCAGUCUCUGGUCAUCUCCUGUACUGUGUCCGCAGUCUCUGGUCACCUCCUGUACUGUGUCCACAGUCUCUGGUCAUCUCCUGUACUGUGUCCUCAGUCUCUGGUCAUCUUCUGUACUGUGUCCGCAGUCUCUGGUCAUCUCCUGUACUGUGUCCUCAGUCUCUGGUCAUCUUCUGUACUGUGUCCGCAGUCUCUGGUCAUCUCCUGUACUGUGUCCUCAGUCUCUGGUCAUUUCCUGUACUAUGUCUGCAGUCUCUGGUCAUUUCCUGUACUAUGUCCGCAGUCUCUGGUCAUUUCC